AAAUUAAUUUCUUUUAAUUAUUGAAGAAGGUUUACACAAUUUUUUCAUAUCACAAUAUAAAAACUUAAACAUGUUGAAUAUUCAAUAUUUUCGAUUUUGUUUAGUCCUUAUUUCGUUAUGGUCUUGUGUCUUUACCAACGCUUAUUAUUACUGUAAUAAGCAGAAAAAAUUAUGUCGCAAUGAUAAGCAUUUUAUGUGUGAUCUAGAUUCUGUGCCUAGCAAAGGCGAAGUUCUUGGUGUUUUGCCAUUGACAGGGUCAAUGAAACGCCUUUAUGUCGAUCGUCACAAUGAACAUCGCAACAGAAUAGCAGGAGGUGAACAAAAAUUCGGACUUCCAAGCCGUGGAUAUUUUCCUAAAGCCACUCGCAUGCGUGAAGUAAUCUGGGAUGACGAAUUAGCGUAUAUAGCCGAAAUCCAUGCGAAGCGUUGUCAUAUGAAGCACGAUGCUUGCCACAGUACUGAACGGUUUCUAGUUUCCGGUCAAAAUCUUUAUAUAGGGGGUAGAGAUGACAAGCCAAAGGCAGUGAUUAAUUAUGUUUUGCGUGCGAUAGAUGGUUGGUGGAAAGAAUAUGAAUAUGUAGAUGAUGGAAAUGCUCUGGCUGACGAGUUUCCGAAAGGAGCCGCGGACUGGGCCCAGGUCGGUCACUUCACUGCAAUGGCCAACGAACGUGCAGCUUUUGUUGGCUGUGGUUUGGCGUUAUGUCAAAAUUGUUCCAAGUUCCUUUAUUGUGCAGAGGUUACUUGUAAUUACUCACCCACCAAUUUAUUAAGUACGUUCAUGUACAAAAAAGGCAAUUCAUCAGCAUCUGAAUGUGAUUAUUUUCAAAGUGUUCCAAGUAGUAAAUACCCGCAUCUGUGCGAAAAUACUGGCAAAAUUUUUAAAGAUUAAUGAGCGGAAGCUCAUACAUACACUAGAUUAAAUGUACAAAGACCAAAACACAUUUGUUUGACUUUCUGAUCCAUUUUCCGUGCAAUUAGCGCUAGUUAUUCUAGAUUUAGUCAACCAACCACUGUUUCUUCUUUCUCUUUUUGGCUGCCAAUUUUCUAAAGUGUAAUGCAUAUGUGAUUUAUUGAACGCGGAGGAUUGUUGAUGUGUAGAAGGCGCUAGCUCAAUUAAACAAAAUUUAAUUAGUUUAUGUGGCAUUAAUUAUACACAUUUUUCAAAUUUGUGAUUUGUGUGAUUUCAUAAUAUCUUAAUUCAGAGGCUCUCACUGGAGGUGACACAAUAGUUGGUAAUUGCAAUGUACAAAAAAAAUGAGACACCACCUACCUCAAUCUUAAACCGUGUAGGUCCCUUUUCAUAUUUAUUUCGCUUUUGAUACAUUGAGCUGCGCAAUUACUUCUGGCGUUAUUAACCCAAUAAGCAAUUUUUCUUUAAUUUCUUCAAUAAUUGCUAAAGUGUUUUAAGAUUUAACGUUCAGGUGUGUAUCACGGAGUAAUUUUCCAGAGCUUCACAAUUAUAAGAAAUUACGCCGACACAGUAGACAUAUUGUUUUAUUUUUUCAUAAGAAGUUGGUAAAUUUCAUCAGCUGAUUGCUAUUUUAUUAUUUAUUUCCAGCAGCGGAAAUAUGUUCUUUGUCGCAAAGUUGUAUUUCAUUUUCAAGUCGAUUAAAAUUCAAUAAAAAAUUAAUGUAGAAAACUGAGAUUUUUAUUUUAUAUGGUAAAUCGAUUUUAAUCAGUAGCCGGUUAAUUGAUCAAUUAGCUCCUAUGUGAAAAAGGUAUAACUUCAGCUAAACAUGAAAUUGAGUACAUAGAGACACUGCCAGUUUUGAUAUCCAUAA